AACAUAUUAGUGUUUACCAUGUAACGAACCGCGACGUUUCGGUAUUCAUAUAAAACAGACAUUACAUACAGCUAUAUUCAUUUGUCAUCGCCUUAAGUGAAAACAGAAUGGAGGAGAAAACCUUAAAUCAAGUCGAAUUUACUGUGAACGGGAUAAAAUGUGCAGUGAACGGGUGCUUCCCCCGCGAGACUUCUCUGAACGCGUACCUGCGCUACGUGCUAUGCCUGCCGGGCACCAAGGCCAUGUGCCACGAGGGCGGCUGCGGCUCCUGCAUCGUCAUGGUGCGCGCCCGCCGACACCCUAGCGGGAAGCUGGAGACUUUCUCCGUCAACUCUUGUCUCGUCCUGAUAUUCUCAUGUCAUGAAUGGGAUAUAACGACAAUUGAGGGAGUCGGUAACCGUUUGAAGGGAUACAGCGAUGCUCAAAAACGGAUCGUAUCCUUCAAUGGUACGCAGUGCGGAUACUGUACUCCUGGUUGGGUCAUGCAAUUGACUAGCUUGCAAGACAAGAACCUCACUAUGCUCGAACUAGAGAACUCCUUCGGCAGUAACACGUGUCGGUGUACCGGGUUCAGGCCGAUCCUGGACACGAUCAAGUCGUUCGCCAUCGAUGCGACUCCGGAGCUGCGGCAACAGGUCAGAGACAUCGAGGAGGCCGGCGUCGGCGCCUGCGGCAAGAGCUGCGGCGGCUGCACGAGGAAAUGCUCCAUACAGAGUGACGGCAGCGACUGGAGUGUCGUCGAAGAACAACAAAAAGAAAGCACCAUUUACUUGGACUUCGGAAAAUAUAAAUUCUUUAAAGUCUAUGACCAAUCUGAUAUUUUUGAUGUCCUCAAGAAGUUUGGCGAGGAUUCCUAUAUGUUUGUGGAUGGAAACACUGGGAAAGGUAUCGUCGAGAAUUUUCAAUACCCGAACAAUUUGAUAGAUAUAAGUGGAGUAACAAGUUUGAAAACAUACCAGUUCGAUCAGAACUUGGUACUUGGAGCCAACGUGUCGCUUCAGGAUUGUAUAAGGAUAUUCAAAGAAACUGUAAAAACAAAAACCGAGUUUGGGUAUCUAACUGAAUUUGUGAAACAUUUCGAAUUGAUUGCUCAUAUACCAGUAAGAAAGAUCGGGUCAAUCGCAGGUAAUUUGAUGUACAGACGAGCAGUACCCACAUACCAGUCAGAUUUAUUUGUGCUCUUCGAAUGCGUCGGGGCUAGGAUUGUUGUUCGUGACCGCUUUGAUAAUAAGAAAACGUUAACUCUUAAAGAGUUCCUGAACUAUGACAUGACAGGCAUGCUGAUGAUUAAUGUUCUAUUGCCACCUAUGAGCACUUCACAUGUUUUACGGAGUUAUAAGAUAAUGCCCAGAAAUCAGAACGCUCUAGCCAUCGUGAACUCGGCUUUCCUUAUUAAACUAUCUAAGAAAAACAUUGUAGAGUUUGCAAGUAUAGUAUACGGUAACAUAGAUCCAAACUUCGACCAUGCCACUGAAACUGAAAAGUAUUUAGUUGGGAAAAACGUCUUUAAUGAUGACGUUUUGCAAGCAGCCAUCAAGGUUUUGAGUAAAGAGCUGAAGCCAGUAGAAAUAGCGGGAGAGCCGUCUAUAGAGAGUCGGAAGAAACUUGCUCUUGGACUUUUUUACAAGUUUAUCCUGAACAUUUCCCCAGUCGGAACCACCCUUUCUAGGUACAACUCUGGAAGGGAACUAUUCUCCCGACCAAUAUCUCACGGCAAACAGGACUAUCAGACAACACCCUCAUUGUUCCCUCUAAACCAGCCAGUUGAUAAGCUUGAAGCAGCCAUCCAGAGUAGCGGGGAAGCUAACUAUGUGAACGACCUUCCUCCAUUACCAAGAGAAGUGUUUGGAGCUUUUGUGCUUUCAACAGUCCAUAGUGGAGAAGUUGAUAAAGUUGAUACUAAGGAGGCCAUGGCUACAGAUGGUGUAGUAGCAGUUUACACAUCUGAAGAUAUACCAGGAGUAAAUUCCUUUACGUUCCCCGGCAUCCAACUGCAAACUGAAGACGAAGAGAUUCUAGCUACAAAAGUCAAAUUUUACGGACAACCUGUUGCCAUAGUUGUAGCAAAAACUGAAGAACUAGCAGCUAGAGUAGCUAAAACAGUCAAAGUUACUUACAAAAAUGUUAGUAACGCAGCCCCUGUUCUCACUAUAGACGAAGCAAAGAAAGACAGUAAUAGAUAUGUACCAGGAGAUGCGAAAAUCACACCUACAUCCAAAGGAGAAAAUACAACUAAAGUUAUUAAAGGAGUUUACGAUAUAGAGGCCCAAUAUCAUUAUUAUUUAGAACCAGUAACUUGUGUUGUUGUACCAGUAGACAAGACUUUAGAGGUGUUUGAUUCGACGCAAUGGAUGGAUUUGACGCAGAUUGCCGUUGCUAGGUCUUUAGGGAUAAGUGAAAGCGAUGUUGUGGUAAAAGUUCGUCGCAUAGGAGGUGGUUUUGGAGGCAAAAUAUCCCGAAACGUUCAAGCAGCUACUGCAUGCGCAUUGGUAGCAAAGAAACUAGAUCUCCCUUGCAGAUUUAUACUACCUCUUCAAACUAACUUAACGACCACUGGAAGGAGGUUACCAUGCCAGUGUGAAUAUGAGGUGGGCAUUGAUGACAACGGUGAAAUCCAAUACCUAAAUGCCAAGCUCAUACAAGACAAUGGAAGCUCCAACAACGAGAAUAUUCUUAGCUACGCAGCCGGAGGAUUCCCGAACUGUUACGAUCCCUCAAAAUGGUCCCUCAGUACUGCAACUGUUACAACUGAUACCCCAUCUAAUACCUUUGCAAGAGCACCAGGCACUUGCGAGGGAAUUUCGAGUAUCGAACACAUAAUGCAACACAUAGCUUUCGCCGCCCAAAAAGAUCCGACAAGCGUCCGGUUAAAAAACAUGAGAUCAGAGGACAAUGACCUACCACAGCUGAUUGAGGACCUCAAAACCGAAUCUAAUUACGAAGCAAGAGUCAAAGAAAUAAAACAAUUCAAUGAUGCCAACAGAUGGAUGAAAAAAGCCAUAUCAAUCAAUGUGAUGUCUUUCCCAGUAGAGUUUUAUGGAAAUUAUUCAGCUCUGGUCAGCAUAUACAGAGGUGAUGGAACUGUGACAAUCACUACUGGAGGCAUAGAGAUGGGACAAGGCAUCAACACGAAAGCAGCUCAAGUAUGUGCUUAUGAACUAGGAAUACCUUUAGAAUAUGUUAGUGUUAUCCCUCACUACUCUUUCGUCGCAGCUAAUAAUGUUUUCUCUGGCUCUAGUAUUACAACUGAAAGUGUGUGUUAUUCUAUCAUCAAAGCGUGUGAAGUUCUGAAGAGUAGGUUAGCUCCAAUCAAGGCAUCCAUGCCCGACGCUUCUUGGAAAGAUAUCAUCAAAAAAGCUGGUGAAAAUCAAGUCGAGCUGACUUCGCUGUAUAUGAUGACGGAUACGGAUAAAAACUUGAGUGCUUACAGCGCGUUCGCCGUUUCUAUUGUAGAAAUACAGUUGGAUGUGAUAACUGGGCGCUUCCAAAUCAAUCGAGCAGAUAUUUUAGAAGAUGUCGGCUUAAGUGCCAACCCUAAGCUUGAUGUAGGUCAGGUGGAGGGAGCAUACGUGCAGGGUAUUGGCUACUUUACCUGCGAGAAACUGGUUUACGAUAAGGUGACAGGCAAGUUGCUGACAAACCGCUCCCUGAAGUACCACGUACCACUUGCACUGGACAUCCCCGUUGAGUUCAAUGUGAAGUUUAGGUACAACCAUAAAAACCCUAAGGGUGUGCUUGGAUCCAAAACGUGUGGUGAGAUGGGUAUCUGUACGUCGCACGGGGUGACACACGCUCUCAGGCAAUGCAUCAUGGAAUCCAGAAAGGACUCUGGAUACGAUCCAAACGAAUGGAUUUAUAUACCUGUGCCAUACGAUACCGAAACUAUUCUGAAAGCAUUGAACGUGAAGCAAGAAGAAUUUGUCAUAACCAAGUGAAUAUAUUGUAAAUAGUUUAAAAAUAUUAGGAUAAAAUGAGUGCUAUCUUUACU